AUGAAAUACAGAACAUCAAUGAAUUAUCAAGAUUGCGAACAGUAUCACCUAUUUAAUAAUGAUGUUCUUCUGUUUGAAAAUGCAACUUCAGCAAGAACAAGCCUAAAUACAGUAUCAAACUAUGCUAAAAAUAUACUUGCUCAAUUAUCUUUAAUGCGUGAUAAAGUUGAAUUAUGUGAUUUUCGCAUUGAUAUUAAUAAUAAACAUUUUUUAUGCCAUAAAUUUUUACUGAUAGCAACAUCCGAUUAUUUCAAAGUUAUGUUCAAUGGCCAUAUGAAUGAAAGCCAAUCGGAUCAUGUCGAAUUAAAAGGUUUUGAAAGUUCAUCAAUUGGUGUUGAAUCCAUGAUUGAGUUUUGUUAUUCGGGUUCAUUACAAAUAACAUUCGAUAAUAUCGAUCAAUUAUUACAUGCAGCUACGCAUCUGCAAAUAAAACAUGCGAUUGAUUUAUGUUCACAGUUUCUUAUCGAAUCCUGUUCAAUAAACAAUUGUAUUGAUAUAUAUAAAAUAGCUGAUUUCUAUUCGCUAUCGAAUGUCUUAGAUAAAGUACAUUUGUUUAUAUCGAAAAAUUUUCUAUCCCUAAUGUUUCAAGCGCGUGAACAAUUUGAACAAUUGACAUACGAACAAAUCUAUCAAGAAUUAUCAUGUGAUACACUGGAAAUGAAUACCUGCAAUGAAUAUGAUUUAUUUACAAUGGCAUGUGCAUGGAUUGAAGCCGAUCUUACUGAACGAAAAAAAUAUACUGUGGAACUAUUUAAACAGAUCCGUUUUAUGUUAAUGACACCGGAAGAAUUAUGUGAUCAUGUACGUAAACAUGAACUCAUUAAUCUUAAUGAACAAUCAAGAAAAUUAGUUGAAGAUGCUCUAUGUUAUCACGCUUCACCUAAUCGCCAACCAUUAUUCAAUUAUAUACAAUGUCAGAUAAGAAGUCAACCAAUAUUAGUUGCCAUUGGAGAAAUAGAAUUAUUUGCAUUGAAUACAAUAUUAGACAGAUGGGAAACAAUAUGUCAAGCACCAUUAGAAGAAAAUUAUCCGUAUCCGUUUAGUGCAAUAACAGUUAAUAAUUAUUUAUAUGUGUUGGGUACACGUCGAUCAUCAUCUGAAGAAUAUAAAUCAUGUUAUCGUUUUUCACCACGUACAUGUGAAUGGACUAAAUUACAGAAUCUGUUACAUGAUCGAUCACGUUUUGCAGCUGUUCACAUUGAUAAAUACAUUUACAUUAUGGGCGGAUUUGAAGGAUUUAAACGGACAACACGUAUCUAUGUAAAUACAAUCGAACGUUAUUCGAUUGAAAAUGAUCAAUGGGAAUUAUUUUCGACAGAGGGUCCACAACUUUCGUCGCUUGCUGCAUGUACAUAUAAUAAUUUGAUUUAUUUGGGUGGUGGAAAAAAUGGACAAUGGUCGAAAAUUGCUGAUUUUUAUUGUUUUUCAAUCGAUAAACGUCAAUUAGAACGGCGUGCAUCCAUGCUUAAUGCACGUACAACUCAUGCGUUUCAUUUAUUUGAUGAAAAAAUCCUUGCUAUUGGAGGUUUCGAUGAUGAUGGUAAUGGUAUGCUAUCAGUCGAAAGCUAUGACAUUCACUGUGAUCAAUGGACGAUAUUAACAUCAAUACCAGGUGCUAUUUCAAAGACAUGGCCACAAUCACUGGGUACUGUUCAUCGACAGAUUUAUAUAUCAGUUUUUCAUACGUCAAAUUCAUUCAUCGUCAUGCAGGAAGGAUACUUUUUUGAUUUGGAUACCCAACAAUGGAUAAAAGCGCCUGUUGUACACGAGCGUGCUCGCUAUUGUCCAACAGUUCAACUUCGAUUUCCCAAGAAAAUUAAAUCUAUGCAAACCCCCAGUAUUUCAUCAUCAGUAUCAUCGACGCCUAAUAACAUGUUGCUCUUGCAUACUUGA